AUGGAUACAACGAGCGGUCGACCAAGAUCCCCAUUAGACCUUCCACCUCCACCACCAUCCGCUGUUCUUCAUCCAAAUGCUCCUCCACCGCCACCACCGCCAUUGAGUUCGACAGAAAUUGUUGGUAACACAACUACCACAACCACAACUCACUAUACUCCAAAAGCUUGGAACGAUCCAUCAGUGACAACAGCUCCAAAGAUCCCAGUCUCUUCGUUGGUAGGAGCUGUGCCUCUUCCAAGCAUUUUGACACAGAAAACUAGUUCGUCUUCUUACACAGCCCCAUCCUAUCCAGCUUCUACAAUGAGUGGUGUUCCAAGUGAAAUCGCACCGCCUCCACCACCGCUAGUUCAGUCAUCAUCUUCAGCAGUCAGCUAUCAACACCAUCACACCUCUUCAAUUCCAAAGUCGAUCAGCUCGUCCCGCGAAGAUCUUCUCUCCGAGCACGCGACGUCCCGUUCGACAGUGCGCGAGAUUCCGGUGCACCGGGCACCAUCCACGGCACCAUCGCACAGCAGCGUCUUCGAUUAUCGCAUGAUGCCGACCACAACUACCACUUAUCAUCAUGUCGAGACACCAUCGGACGAAUACUACCGACGAGAAGUCAUGACGAGAACAAUUAUCACCAGAAGUACAGAAGCGUUGUCUCAGACACCUCUUGGAAGACCAACAUCACCUCUGGAGAGAUAUCUUCCGUACACCACAACGACCACCAGUGGAGACGGCAGAACUCGUGAGGAGAAAACUGUUGAUUAUAAGGUCACCUAUCAUCGCGAUAUUGAAGAGGAGGAACGACGUAUCAGAGAGGACCAGGCCCGUCGUCUACAAGAGGAACAAGAUCGUCGUGCACGUGAAGAAGAGGCUCGAAGACUUCUUGAACAGAGAACUCGUGAAGAAAUGCAACGUCUUCGUGAGCACCAAAGUCUAUCGGAAAGAGCUCUCGCUGAUAGAGAGCGCGCCGAUAAGGAUCGCCUAGAGAAGGAACGUCAACAACGUCAACAGCAAGAGAUGCUCCGUCGUGCUGAAUGGGAACGUCUCGAAGAACAACGUCUCGGAGCUGAAGAAGCUGAGCUUGCACGUCGUCGUGCUCUCGAGAAAGAAAGAUUGGAACGAGAGAAAGCUGAAGAGGAGAGAAGAGCCAUGGAACGCCUUCAAAGAGAAAAGGAGCGUCUCGAGAGAGAACGUCUUGAAGCUGAGCGUCGCGAGAAGGAAAGACUCGAGAAGGAAAGAAUCGAACGAGAGAGAAUAGAACGUGAAAGAAUCGAAAUCGAACGCAUCGAGAGAAUCAAAAAGGAGAGAAUCGAGCGAGAACGUCGUGAACGUGAAAAGGAAAAAGAGGAGGAGGAACGUCUUCUCAAAGAACGUCUUGAAUUGGAACGAAUAGAGCGCGAGCGUCGCGAGCUGGAACUUCGAGAGCGUCAAGAACUUGAGAUUCAACGUCGUGAAGCUGAAGAUCGUGAACGUCAACGUCUCGAAGACGAAGCUCGCGAAAUGCGCCGUCGUGAAGAUGAACGUCGUGAAGCUGAGCUUGUAGCCGAUGUACAAAGACAAGCCGAGGAGCGUGAACGUCUUCGCAAACGUCAAGAACGUGAAGAACAGGAACGCCUAGAGCGUAUCCGUCUUGAACAACAGAGAAUUGACAUGGAAAGAGCCGAUGCUGAGAGAAGAGAGCGUGAAAGAAAAGAAGAGGAGCGCCGUGAAUUCGAGCUUGUGGAGGCUGCAAAAAGAAAGAAGGAAGCUCGUGAUCGUGCUCGUCUCGAAGAAAUGGAGAACGAACGUCAGCGUGAAGAAGAAGAACGUCGUGAUAGAGAAAGACGUGAGCAGGAGCGUCGUAAUGCUGCAGAAAGAGAACGCAAGAGGAGACAAGAAGAGGAGGAAGAAAUCGCACGGCUUAACGAUCUCCAACGUGCCGCCGCUGCUCGUGCUGCUCAACGUAACGCUGAAAUCGAACGUCAACGUGAACGUGAUGAGUUGGAUCGCAGAGCUCGUGAACUCUCAGAGCUUGAGAUGCGCGAAAAGGAUCGUCGUGACCGUGAACGUGCAAUAGAAGAAGCUCAAAUUGCUGAUCUUCGUGACCGUGAACGCCGCAACCAGCAAAUUCGUGAAAACGAGAGAAGAGAAGCUGCCGAGCGUGAAGCCAGCCGUCGUUUGGAUGAUAGAAGAUCUCGUGACAAGUUGGAUCAUCUGGUCCGUGAAAGAACUGAGAAAGAAAAGUUCGAGAGUGAGAAGAGACGACUUCUCGCUGAGAAGGAGGCAAUGAACAAGAAGAAGCAUCAUUUGUUGAGCAGUGAGACCUUGGCCAAGCUCACCCAGCCAAUGUACUACACCACCACUCGCGAACCAGAAGUCACCACCAAAGUCGAAAGACAAGUCAUCGAGCGUGUUGAUCGCAACGUCUGGGUUGAGGACUUGCCAUAUCCAUCAAGCCAAAGUGCCAUCGGAUACUUGGACAACGAUGAGAACAGCCGUGACCGUAUGUACAACCCAAACGACUUGAACAGAAAUGGAUCUAGCAGAAGCCGAUACCAACGCGCCAAAACCGAGAAGGCUCGUCGCGACUUCUACAGCUCAUCGCAGGAUUCCGCAGAUCCAGUGUCUGACCGCUUCCGCAAAUCCAUUGAUGAUCUGACCACUCGCUCUCGCCCAGAAUACCGCGGACCACUUCUCCAAAAAUUCCAUGAAUCUGAGUUCCGCACCACUGCUCUAAAUGAAACCGACGGCCUGCCAUAUCGCAGAAUGGGACCAAGUCCAUAUGAACAGCCGUUUGCGAAGCUUCUGGAAGAGACUGAACGUCGAUACGCUCAAUACAAUAGCCGUGCCAGCAAUCCCUCGAUUUAUCAAUCCAGCCGUUAUUAUUAUCAGGAUAGGCAUGGUCAGCCAAAGCACACGGAGGUCAAUACACGUGCAGAAUCGGUAGUCGCUUAUGAGAGAGAUAGCCGUCGUGAGAGUCCAGCGGAUCAAGCACAUAUCAGAAGUCGUUCAGCUGAUUAUCUCAUGGAUAGAAGAAUCCGUGAAGAGACCGAGGUUCCAGAGAAUCAACUCCAGAAGACUCGUACAGAUGCACUUGAUCAAUCACCACGGGAAUCUCGCAUCUCGGAAUACGAAAUGCGUUUCCGUAAAUCUACAGAAAAGCUUACUGUACCAGACUGGUACCGUGAGAACAAGCCACAGAGUACCACCCAAACCACUACUUAUCGGUACACCAGUGGAGCUGAGCCAAUCACUACAACUACAACCACCACAUCCACAGUGAAUGAACCACGACAAGUACAGUAUGCCCCACCAGUUCCACCACAACCAGCUGUUGUUGGCAACAUUGGACUGCCACGUGGCAUGUUCGACAGAUACAAGGACGAUAUUGAGGAGCUCCGUCGUUCCCGUUCUUCUCUACACCAAACUAGCCAGGAGCCAUCGAACCGACAGGGAUCAACGUUGAGUGUCGGUGGUACUGUUUCCGACCAAGGACAUGCGCUUCCAGGCUACACAGUGUCGGAAGUGCCGAAUGCGUGGAACUUACAGACCAGCCGUACGUCUCGUGUUGUCGAGGUUGCCGACACCUUCGUUGGCACUUCUUCUCAUGAAUACGGAAACUUCACUAACCGAUACGGAGGUCGUGUGACAAUCGAAGAAGUUCUAGACUCCAUUUUCCAGAAAGUGGCUCCAACUGAUCCAAGAAGAUACGCAGCUCGGAGCUACCCUCAAGCUGACGAAUUAUUCCAAGGAUACUCGGAUGGACCAGGGAUUUACACAAAUAACUACAGCGUGAUGCGACAAGUGUUAAAGUCUCCAGAAAGAGCUGAGCACAUUCUACAAAACGAAGAGUUGUUCGUCAGAUGCACAGAAUGUCAUAGAACUCGAGAACUUUCUGCAGCUCGACUUUUCUUCGUGUCCUGCAAACAUUGCUAUACCUACUAUUGCUCCAGAGAGUGCAGACACAACAAUUGGCCGAGCCACUCUGGAAGAUGCUCAUUUGCUCGAAUUAACACAUUAUGCAAAGAUGUUAUCAUGAAAGUGCGCGAGGAUGAGCUAGCUCAAGGAUAUAUGUCGAAAGUUGCCAGAGAGGGAUUCUCUGUCAAUGGAAGAGGAAGUGUGAAUAUUCGAUUGUCAUCUCCACAACUCGCACAGGCAUAUGUGAGCAAUGGCUGGAAAGCGCUCUCCGCCUUACCAAUAACCCAACUUCUCUAUUACUACACUGUUAAUGAUUUAAUAGCUGAAAGGAAAGAACCAUCUUUGAUUGCUCUCUGCAAGAGAUAUGAACCAAGGGAGAAAUUCAUUUUGUCUGUUUCCAUCAUCGCUGAUAUCGAGCACUGCCCAACUACACCUCCACCGGAGACUCGCGAACUGUCUGCAGUCCAAUUUUCUUCUCCACGAUCCCGAUACGAGGCCAUUCAGAAUCAAGAUGGUCCAUACUUCUCAGAAGUCGCUCACAACGUUUAG